UUGUCUUUUUCAGAGAACAAUGUGAUCAAGUAUUCCUCAUUGUUCGUGCUCGUAUUACAGAACACCUCACUUGUAUUAUUUAUGCGUUAUGCAAUGACUGGUAACAGGCCCAAAUUUCUCAAGGCGAUCUCAGUGUUCUUUGCGGAAGUAUUCAAAUUCGUAGCUAGUGUGGUUUUAGUUUGUCUACAGGAGCGGAGUGUUGUAAAAGGCUUAGCUCAAAUAUAUGAUCAAUUUGUACAUCAUUGGCGGGAUGCGCUGAAAGUGCUGGUGCCAGCUGUCAUCUAUACAAUUCAAAAUUUUCUCCUUUAUGUCGCAGUGGAAAACUUGCCAGCCGCUACCUACAUGGUCACAUAUCAAUUGAAAAUCCUCACCACAGCUGUAUUCACUGUGUUGGUGUUGGGAAGAAAACUGUCCAUCCAACAAUGGGUGUCGCUUUUCUUCUUGUUCGGUGGCGUCGCCAUUGUUCAGUAUGAUCAGAAAAUGUCGAAUGAUCGAGAAAAAGCCGAACGGUUAGCAGCAGCGAUGGCUGAAGCUUCAACCGACAUGCCGACUAUUGAAGGAGCUUUCACAAAACUCAUGUACCUUACCAGGUUUUUGCUUUAUUCAGGAUUCAUAGCCGUUCUGGUCGCAUGCUGUCUUUCUGGAUUUGCUGGCAUCUAUUUCGAGAAGAUUCUCAAGGGCUCUGAUGUAUCCAUAUGGAUUCGGAACAUCCAGCUGGCUCUCCCGUCCAUCUUCUUCGCUUUACUAUUCGCGUUUGUGAAAGACAAUAAUGUGAUAUUUGCCGAUGGUGUCAACCCUGAAGCUGUAUGGAGACGUAUGCUGUUCGGAUUCGAUUGGGCUGUGUGGGUGACCAUAGCCAUCUCGGCAUUCGGAGGUCUUGUAGUCGCCGUCGUCAUUAAAUUCGCCGACAACAUUCUAAAAGCUUUCGCUACCUCGUUUGCAAUAGUGUUGAACUGCAUCCUGGCAUAUUUCCUCUUCAACUUCCGGCCGACGAUGUUCUUUGUGGUUGGCGCGUGCUUUGUUAUCGGAGCUGUAUUUGUUUACAGCAUCUACCCAUAUCGGUAA